CGGAGAGUGAUAGGAUUCUGUUCCGCCAGCUUAGGGAGAGGCAGUAGCAGCAGGGGAGAGCUAGAGCAGUUGAGGCCAGCAGGGCUUUAGCUAGCUAGGCCGCUGCUACAACAGCCAUGGCCGCUUCAGCUAUGGUCACCUCUGCACAACAGACUUCCCAGGCUAGCAGUUCAGGUAUUGUCAGGUCAACGGUCGCGCAGACCGUGAGUCAGUCCACUGGGGUGAUGGCAAGCCAGGCAUUGGUGUUGACCCCACAGGAUGUCGCCAUCCAGCAGGCAGCCCUGCAGGAGGCACAGCUACAACGGGCAUUAGGAGAGAUAAAAGCGGAGAAGGAGAAGAUGAUUAGAAGAAGAGCCAGGAUGCAGCGGAGAGGGGCAGACAUAGAGGCGUUAGAGACGAUGGACCUGACGAACAUGGAUGAUGAUGUGAGGGUAGUUAGGAGGGCCCUGCUAGGAGUAAUAGAGAUGCAAGAGCAUCAGACUACCAUCCUUCAGGAUAUCCAGCAGAGCCUAGCCAUUCUAGCAGGGCGUUCUCAGGCAGCACCAUCACCAUCCGGGCCUGGUGCCUGGCCCGUGGCAUAUCCUCCUUUUUCUGUCCCACCGGUGACAGGGGUAUCCCCAUAUGUAGCCCCGUCAUCGGUUGCUAUCGUUUCCCUGGACAUGCCGCUGACAGGAGGGGUAUCGGCAGGGACUAGUUUGCAGGUUCCUGUUCAGACAGUGUUCACCCAAACUUCGUCACAGGUUGCGGUCACCACGCAGCCUGCUAUCUCGCAACCUGUGCAGCCGCAGGGCACACAGCCCCGGCAGCUAGCACAGCAGCCUGUAUCACUGGGUCCACAGCCCGGAGUGGUGCAGGGACCGGGACAAACACAGUGGGUUCCAAAGACGGCCAUUGCCGCUCCUAAACCUUUCACAGGGGAUAAGAGAGGAGAAGACCUCGACACGUGGUUGAGGGCAGUGUCGGUCUACGUCAGGUGUAAACUUACCUUGCCGCACGAAGAAGUGCUUGUGGCUGCUUCCUACCUAGAGGGUAGUGCAGCGAGAUGGUCGAGUGGUUUAGUGCAACUUCAGGGGUAUGGUCAUGACUUCCGCUCUUGGGCAGCCACCCAGAAAUUGGAUGACUUCCUGAAGAUGGUGGAGGAAAGGUGGCAUGAUCCUCAGGUGGCCCAAAGGGCCGUUGAUGCAAUCCUGACACUGCACACACGACAUCUGAAGCAUGCGUUGACGCACUACGAGGUCUCGAAACUUCCUGAUCCUGACAAACCGUUUAUAGUCACCACGGAUGCCAACCAAUAUGGCAUUGGCGUCGUGCUCGUGCAACAGGAGGGGCCAAAGUUGAGGCCAGUAGAGUACAUGUCCAAGAAAAUGUCGUCUCAGAAGUUGGCUAAGUCCACCUAUGAGAAAGAACUCUAUGCGGUGUACAAGGCUCUGACCCAUUGGAGACAUUAUCUCCUUGGGAGGUUCUUCAUCCUCAGGACUGAUCAUCAGACCCUGAGAUGGAUGAGAACUCAGCCGGUACCCUCUGACGCUCUCAAGCGUUGGAUCGAAGUCAUUGAGCAAUAUGACUUUGACCCUCAGUAUCUGAAAGGGAAGUACAACAAGGUUGCUGAUGCCUUGUCGCGUAGACCUGAUUUCUCAGAUGCGCUGAUUACUGAGUUCAAUCUGAAGGACCAUGUUACUCAGUCCUUGGUGGAAGCCUAUCGCGAGGACCACUUCAUGUCUGAGAUCAUACGUAGACUUCAGGCAAAGGACAAGAAGACCUCUGCCAAGUUUGAGUUGGUCAAUGGCUUGCUGUUCCUUGAGAAGGCAGGGAAAAAACAAUUGUGCGUUCCCAAUAGUGAGUCUUUGCGUAGUUUGUUUUUAGGCGAGUGUCAUGAUGCCACCGGCCAUUUUGGGUAUAAGAAGACCGCAGCCAACUUGUUGCAGCGGUUAUGGUGGCCCAUGAUGAUGCGAGAUGCCCAGCUGUACGUGGAGACUUGUCAAGUUUGUCAACGGGACAAGCCACGUACUCAGGCUCCUCUUGGGCUUCUGAAGCCCUUUCCGAUUCCGGAACGGCCUGGUGAGCGUCUGUCCAUGGAUUUCAUGGAUACUCUGAUCACCAGCAAGAGUGGGAUGCGUCACAUCUUCGUCAUCGUGGAUAGAUUUAGUAACAACCGCAUCGCCGCACGUGACGGGCGGGCAUCCGCAGCAGAACAGCAGCUACCUCUGCCCCACCCGUCUGAGAUGGACAACCCCACGGUGGACAAUGCCGCAUCCGGCAGUCCACGCGAGGCAUGCAGCUCGUACUCCCCGGCCCCACAGGCCCAGCAGGAGGGUUCCACGGCAACUUCUGCGGAAACCCUCGGCGCUGCACCAGUCCGGCAGCAAGGAGAGACCAUGACGGCCUUCCUGGCCCGCCUGGGCACUUACAUGCAACAAGUCCAAGAGGAACAGCAACGUGAGGCAGCAGCCGAAGAGGCACGUCUCAAUGCCAUUGCACACGCAGAAGAGCAACGGCGCCGGCAGCAAGCAGACGCAGCUGCCAAUCAUAACAAAGCUCGACGAGAUGCCGCAUUUGUCCUCGUGCAGCAGGAAGCCGCUCAUAUCGCCGCACUCCAAGCUUGGAAUGUUGAUCCGGCGGCAGCGAUGGAACCAACUACGGAGGAACAGACCAAGUCAGCCCUCGCCAACAUGAUGUACCAAGUCAUCCUCACUUGUAAUUGGCAACAAGUGGAGCUGGCUCGGCAGGCGCGUACCAUUACGAAGUAUGAGGAGACUCUCAAGAGCCUCCAUGCCCGCCUUGACAUGCUGGAGAAGGAUGACAUGCCGCACAGGCACACGGCAUCAUCAAGCAUUGAUCCACCGAUCCGCGAGCAGGAAGAACGAAUGGAUCAUCUGGGCGCGCUUGUCGGAAAUUUGAACAGUUUCCAACAACCGACGACCAUCAGCCAGCAAAUAUCCGCUCUACAAGCGGAUCUGUGUCAACUGCAGCAGCAACCAACUGGGACCUGCAACAACGUGACGCCGCAACAAUUCAAGAUGCUGAAGUUCAGCAUCGAGAGGUUUGAUGACUACCACAAGGCGGACCCCAUCAGUUGGUGGCAAGGGUUCACCAAUGAGCUCUCCAUCCACCUGGUCCCGCCCGAGUCGAAGAUCUCACCACUUUACCUCUGCAGCACCGGUGCCAGCCAGGAUUUCAUGACCCGCGCCGGCCUUGGGUCGCGCGUUCGAAGGAAAUCGCAGCCUACGCAAGUCACGUUGGCUGACGGUCGUACGCACAAGUCCAUCGACCGGUGCAUUGACUCCGUCCCCAUGUACUUCGCCCCGCUUGCACGCGAGGCCGUGUCCUUUGACAUAUUGGACACAAAGUUCGACAUGAUAUUGGGCAUGUCAUGGCUGCGCAGCGAGGACCACCCGGUGAACUUCUACCACCGCACCGUUCACGUUCGUGACCGGAACGGGGUACUUGUGCCAUGUACGUUCCCCCCACCUCAUCCUUCGAUUGGUUGUCACGUGGUCUCUGCGGCGAGCAUUCGCAACUCCAUCGCACGGAACGACGUGGAGGAAAUGGGCAUUUGUUUCUUGCAUGCCCUCCCUCCUCCCGACGAGCCAGCGACGGAACAGCCACCGGAUCCACGCAUUGUACAACUUCUUGACUCCUAUGGCGACGUCUUUGAAGCCCCCGCCGGAAUCGUACCGAGUCGGCUAAUACGUCACGAGAUCAUCCUCGAAGACGGGGCAGUACCUCCGCGCGGAUGUAUUUACCGCAUGAGCGAGGAGGAACUCGAAAUGCUUCGAACGCAACUCGAUGACCUCAUUGACAAGGGCUGGAUUCGCCCUAGCUGCUCGCCCUACGGUGCACCUGUUCUCUUCGUUCGGAAGAAGAACAAGGAGCUACGUUUAUGCAUUGACUAUCGCAAGCUUAAUGCUCAAACCAUUAAGAAUGUCGGCCCGCUCCCACGCAUCGACGAUCUUCUCGAACGCUUGGGCGGCGCCAAGUAUUUCUCCAAGUUGGACCUCAAAUCCGGUUACCACCAGCUCGAGAUCCAUCCAAGAGAUAGGUACAAAACCGCGUUCAAGACACGGUACGGGCACUUCGAGUGGGUCGUAAUGCCAUUCGGCCUCACGAAUGCCCCGGCCACCUUCCAAGCGGCAAUGAUAAUGGAGUUUCGCAACAUGUUGGACCGGUUCGUGCUCAUCCACCUCGAUAACAUCUUGGUGUAUAGCCGAACUUUGGACGAGCACAUCGUGCAUCUACGUGCUGUUUUGGACAGGCUUCGUACGACCAAGUACAAGGCCAACCAAGCCAAGUGCGAAUUCGCACAACAAGAGCUUGGGCCACUUUGUGACGCCGCAAGGCAUCCGUCCGCUUGCGGACAAGAUCAAGGCCAUUCAGGAUUGGCCGGAACCGACCAACACCACGGAGUUCGCCGACGAAGCAAACCCCGCAAUCGCAACCCCUACGGUGAGUUACGCCCGCUGCCUAUUCCAUGGGAACCCGGCCUCUCCAUUGCCAUGGACAUCACUGGGCCGUUCCCCCAGGACCGCUUUGGGCACGACGACAUUCUCACGGUCGUUGACCAUUUGAGCAAGUACGCACGUUUUCUUCCUUGCAAGUACCACGCCACGACUCCGGAACUUGCACACCUCUUACACACCGGCUGGAUUUGCGGCCACGGCGUUCCGGAAGACAUCGUCAGCGACUGCGACACUCGUUUCAUGUCGGCAUUUUGGACCUCUCUCAUGAAAGAGUCCGGCACCGAGAUGAAACCAAGUUCGGCUCGGCAUCCGCAAACGGACAGGCAGACGGAGCGGGCACAUCAAACCGCUCAAGUAAUGCUUCGCACACUCAUCCGUACAGAUGAGAAGGAUUGGGUGGACCACCUCCCCGACAUCGAAUUCGCCUACAACACUUCGGUGCACCCGGCGAUCGGCGUGACUCCGUUCGAGUCACACCACGGUGUCCGAAAAGGCCGUAUCUUCGCUGAUCUUCCUUUUCCAAGGACUGCCGACAUUGACGCCGCUUGUUCGCCCGCCUCCGUUCGGAAGUAUAGGGACUUGCUGGCUAAAGCCCGAGCCAACAUGCAAAAGGCUCAAAUCUGCAUGCAACAACAAGCUAACAGGCGUCGCGUGCCAUGCCCCAUCCGCGCCGGCGACCUUGUUUGGGUCUCCACGGAAGAGUUUGCCCUCGAGCAGGAUGUAUCCCGCAAGCUACUUCCAAAGUGGUUUGGACCAUGGCCUGUCACAUCAGCCGCGGGUGAUGAGCCCAAUGGCCCUUCAUUUGUGAUCGAAAUCCCGCCGCACCUCACGGUGCACCCGGUUUUCCACGCCUCCAAGCUGGCCACAUAUACACCAGCCAAGAGCGACGACUUCCCGGGACGAUGACCACAAGACCCUCCUUCCAUGGAUGGUCAUUAGGAAGUCGACCGCGUCAUCAUGCAUCGCAAGCACGGCAACAAGCCUAUACAGUACAAAGUCACAUUCAAGUGGUGCGACCACGAUGACACGCGAUGGAUUUCCCGGGCAGCUUUGCGAG